UCAUGAUUAGGGUAGGAGGGGGACUUCUGAUCUGAGGGGUAGCCAGGUUGGUGUAUACUGGGAGUGGAGGCUGAACAGGGAGCAGGGUGAGGCAUGAGAGGCAGGCACCCAGGGCACCAAAGUAAGGAGGUCCUCACUCUCUCUAGGUCUGAGCUUGCUGAUCCUGCACUUCUGUUGCGCCCUACGGGACAGAUUGGCCAAGAGAGGUGUGGUGGUCAGGUGACUCUGAAGGGCAAUAGUUUUGUCAGGCUCCGCUGGACACAACAUUAGAAGUGGGCACCUGGAUAGAAGACAGUCUGAGGAAUGCUCAAGGGGCUGUGGGGUGCCACCUGGACCCCUUCACCUUGGCAGAGGCGUGCUCUUGGCCUGGUUUCUGAUGGGAGUAAGGGGAGAAGAAAACUGCAUCCAGGAUGGCGCUGCCGGGCUGUCUAAAGUCACUCCGCUGGUUCCGGCCGAGCUCCGACUUCCAGAGUGAGGCGCAUGACCCCUGCAUACCAGGCCUCCCCGGGUCCCAGGCUUGAGGGCCUGUCGGUCGCCACCCCCUUGGAAAGGCCAGGAGAGGAGCCUGUGCUGGUCGUGAGCCUCCACCUGUGCCCUUGACUGCAACACCCUAGUGCCCCCCACCACCCCAGCUCAAUCAUGGCGAAGCUGGAGACACUGCCUGUGCGAGCUGACUCAGGGCGGGAUCCCCUCCUGGCCUUUGCCCCACGACCCUCUGAGCUCGGACCCCCAGAUCCUCGUCUGGCCAUGGGCAGCGUGGGCAGUGGAGUUGCCCAUGCCCAGGAGUUCGCCAUGAAGAGCGUGGGCACCCGCACAGGGGGUGGGGGCAGCCAGGGCCCUCGAACUGGUGGCAGUGGGGCGAGCAGGGAGAGGCCAGGCCGCUACCCAUCUGAGGACAAGGCUCUCGCCAACUCCCUCUACCUCAACGGUGAGCUGCGGGGCAGUGACCACACGGAUGUCUGUGGCAAUGUGGUGGGCGGCAGUGGUGGCAGCAGCAGUAGCGGCGGCAGUGACAAGGCCCCACCACAGUAUCGUGAGCCCAGCCACCCACCUAAGCUCCUGGCCACCUCUGGCAAGCUAGACCAGUGCUCAGAGCCGCUAGUUCGGCCUUCAGCCUUCAAGCCUGUUGUACCCAAGAACUUCCACUCCAUGCAGAACUUGUGUCCUCCACAGACCAGCGGGACCCCUGAGGGACGACAGGGCCCUGGGGGCCUCAAGGGUGGACUGGACAAGUCUCGGACCAUGACCCCAGCGGGCGGGGGUGGGGGCAGCCUCUCAGACUCAGGCCGGAACUCACUCACAAGCCUGCCCACCUACAGCUCUAACUACAGCCAGCACGUGGCGCCCCUCAGUGCCUCCACCAGCCACAUUAACCGCAUUGGCACUGCCGGCUAUGGUAGUGGCAGUGGCAGUGGCACUGGCAGUAGUGGUGGUGGGUCGGGCUACCAGGACCUGGCCACCUCUGACAGUGGGCGGGCCUCUAGCAAGAGUGGGUCCUCCUCCUCCAUGGGGCGGUCUGGCCACCUGGGAUCGGGAGAGGGCGGAGGUGGAGGCCUGCCAUUCUCGGCCUGCUCACCACCCUCGCCCAGUGCUCUGAUCCAGGAUCUCGAGGAGCGGCUGUGGGAGAAAGAGCAGGAGGUGGCCGCUCUGCGCAGGAGCCUGGAGCAGAGUGAGGUGGCGGUGGAAAUGGAGAAAGCCUCUUGAGUGGCAUUCUUUGACUUGUUUGUGUCUUUGCAGGUGAGGGGGUGUGGAGGGCAAAGCUGGAGUAAACAUUUCCCAGAGGAGGCAUGAGACGAGGUAUUCACUGGGCCAGGCAUGCCAAGAGGUUGGCUCAAAGUCCAAGCUCCUCCAUGUUGCCCAGGAGGAGUCGUCGUCCCACAUUUCUGGCCAGUGGGGCAUUCUCUUCAGAGUUUCAAGCUGGUUCCAGCUCAAGAUCUGUACACCAGGCUGCUGGCCAAAAAGACAGAUGAUGCAGGAUAGCUAGAUGCAGCCUGUAGUGGCCUGGACCACCUUAUAGCAAUGGGCUGAUGUUUGAGGGUAGAAUACAUAUUAAUGAGUCUAAGAACCAGUUUGUAAUUAGAGGGCCAAAAGGCAGAAAUGACCCAAGUGUGCUGCAAGAAGAGAGUCGUCCUUUGAGGUUAAGUGCUGUCCUUUAUGAUAAUUUUUUUUCUGGGUCUCUUACAAAGCCUGCCCCCCGCCACCCAAUCAAGAAUGUAUUAGGUGCCCUGGCAGUAAGACUCAGUUGGUUGAGGGUUGUCCCAUGCACUGAGAGGUUGCC